GAUAUAUAGAGAGACGAAUCCUCGUGGAAUUCACCGGCCCAAGGGUUUUCGUAACGCUUGUUUUUUCUAACUGUUCCACUCCACUAGUGGCUAAUAACCAGAGUGGCGCACAAUAGAAUAACCGACUUGUGUCAUUAGUCAAAGAAGCGCAUAAUAGAACAAUUAACUCGUGCCUCUGUGGGUCCCAUAUUUUAAUUAUAGGCGCGUCCCUUAACUUUUUUGUACUAUGUCAAUGGGCUGAAAGCCCACAACUUAAUUUAGGCUGCGGCAAUUGUUACUGCGUAAAAGGCUAUACAUAAUGGGCCUAAGCCCAUAUGUAUAGAAGGUGGGAUAAAAUAAUUACACUCCCGCCGAGGCUCUUCCCUUGUCCCGCCUCUCUCGCUCAAACACUUUUGACUAGAGAAAUCGGAAGAACAAAAAUUUCCCGAUAAUCUUCCCCAACUUUUUUUGUUACGAUCUUUGCUUAGAUUUCGUCUGGAAUAAUUCGAUAGGCGAGGAAAUUAUGAGGGAAGAAGAAAUUGAGAAGAUCCGAGGCGUGGUUCGAGACUGCGUCAGUAAGCAUUUGUACUCGUCGGCCAUCUUCUUCGCCGACAAAGUAGCAGCUCUUACCAAUGACCCAUCUGACAUAUAUAUGCAAGCUCAAGCUCUUUUCCUCGGCCGCCAUUACCGUCGCGCUUUUCACCUUCUUAACGCUUCUAAGAUUGUCCUCCGAGAUCUUCGAUUCCGUUACCUCGCCGCAAAGUGCCUCGAGGAAUUGAAGGAAUGGGAUCAGUGUCUAUUGAUGCUUGGUGAUGCGAAGGUUGAUGAUGAUGGAAUUGUGUAUGAUGCUAAAGACGGGAACGUGAUAGAUUUUGAUAAAGAUGGAGAGGACCGAGAGAUUAAUAUAUCAUCGGCGAUAUGCUUUCUAAGAGGAAAAGCAUACGGAGCCUUACAAAACCGGUCUCAGGCUCGACAAUGGUACAAAGCUGCUAUCAAGGCUGAUCCUCUGUGCUAUGAGGCUUUGGAAUGCCUUAUUGAGAGCCAUAUGCUUACAUCUGAAGAAGAAUCGAGUCUGCUUUCUUCACUACAAUUUAGUCCAGAAGACGGAUGGCUCUCUUCUUUCUAUUCAUGCUUGAUUAAGAAGUAUGACAAAGAGAGCACAGUAGAACUCAAGUUUAAGAAGCUUGAGAAUGAGACUAGUGGUAGUGUCUCUGGCUCAUCUAUGAUCACAUUGGCUAAUAACACUGAUCUGUUGGCCUGUAAAGCUGAGUACUACCAUCAAUGCUGUGAAUAUCAGAAGUGUUUUGAACUAACCGCGGCACUCCUUGAGAAAGAUCCUUUUCAUCUGAAGUGUACGCUGGUACAUUUGGCCGCUGCCAUGGAACUUGGUAAUUCAAAUGAGCUCUAUCUAAUGGCGUGCAAUUUGGUUAAAGACUACCCUUCGAAGGCGUUGUCUUGGUUUGCGGUGGGUUGUUACUACUAUUGUAUCAAAAAGUAUGCUGAAGCUCGGCGGUACUUUAGCAAAGCUACGGGUAUUGAUGGCUCAUUCUCACCAGCUCGGAUAGGUUAUGGUAAUUCCUUUGCCGCCCAAGAGGAGGGUGACCAAGCCAUGUCUGCCUAUCGCACUGCCGCUAGACUAUUUCCAGGGUGUCAUUUGCCAACUCUGUACAUUGGAAUGGAGUAUAUGCGAACUCACAGCUACAAGCUUGCGGACCAGUUUUUCAUGCAAGCAAAGGCGAUAUGCCCUUCGGAUCCACUUGUUUAUAAUGAACUCGGAGUUGUUGCAUAUCAUAUGAAAGAGUAUGGUAAAGCUGUGCGGUGGUUUGAGAAGACAUUGGCCCAUAUACCAUCUGCAUUAACUGAAUCCUGGGAACCAACUGUGGUCAAUCUUGCUCAUGCAUAUAGAAAGCUAAGAAAGGACCGUGAAGCUAUCUCCUAUUAUGAAAGAGCACUUACACUAUCAACUAAAAGCUUAAGCACUUAUUCCGGCUUGGCUUACACUUACCAUUUGCAGGGGAAUUUCUCAGCUGCCAUCUCAUAUUAUCACAAGGCCUUGUGGUUGAAACCUGAUGAUCAAUUUUGUACGGAAAUGUUGAACGUGGCUCUCAUGGAUGAAUGUCAGAACGGGGUUGAUUCAAAGGUUGAGCUCUGCUAGGAAUUGGUCAGUUAAAAUUAACCGCCUUAUUCUAGUUCUUGUUGUAAUUUAUCUGUACUAUCAUCAUUGUGACGCCUAACAUAACUUAUAAUUUAUUCCAUGCAUCAAUAACCAAGAGACUGUUACAAUAUAUUCUUUAAAGGGUCAAAUACACUUCUACUUUUCUUAUUAUCU